AUGGUAAGUGAAGAACUGGCGUCAGCUACUCCGCGGGCAAACCUGGGGGUUCUGAAAGCUAAUAAGAACACCAUUCUGCCUUGCCAAGACGAGUACUUUGUAGGAGGCCAGAGCUAUAAUUGCCCUUAUUCCACUACAACGUCAGAAUCUAGUGUUGACGUUUCCACGGAGACUUGGUUCUCUUUCUGGGCUGCUGGUCUCCUGGACAACAGAGAGCCCCAACAAGCACCACAGGCACAGGAAUCAUCCAGUGACUCAAAUUUUCCUGUUCUGGAGUCGUGUUCCUGGGAAGAGGCCCAGCUUUCCUCUCAGCUUUACAGAAAUAAGCAGCUGCAGGAUACGCUGGUGCAGAAGGAAGAAGAACUUGCUAGGUUACAUGAAGAGAAUAAUCACCUCAGGCAAUACCUGAAUUCUGCUUUGGUUAAAUGCCUUGAAGAAAAGGCCAGGAAACUGCUGUCAUCAGAUGAGUUCUCCAAAGCAUGUGGAAAAUUCAGAAAGGGGAAGAGAAAACCCAAAGGGCAAAGAUACUCUUCGGCUGAGAUUCUCCAUCCCAAAACUGCCAAGAGAAACCUCUCUAGUGAAUUUGCUACCUGUGAAGAACAAACUGGGCCCCCUGUGGAUCCCUGGGUCCUUCGAACUCUUGGGUUAAAAGACUUCAACACCAUUGAUGACACCUUAUCAGCUAACUACAGUGCCUUCUCCUCUCAUCCCAGAAGAGUCACCAGCACAUUUUUCCAGUUUCCAGAUGAUGCAGUUGAUUAUGAAAAUGUCCCCAGAGAGAAUCUGCCGACUGACUACGGAGGUGACAGAACAAACCCCACGCACAGCACUGCCAGCCAUGGGGAAGAUUUUCACCUCCUUUCUCCACUUUCAAAUUCCCCAGUGGGGCUGCAAACUCUUCCUUACCAUGCUGCUGAUGUGUCACCCAACAAGACAGAGAUGGCCUUUUCUACAUCCCUGAGCCCCCACUGCAAUGUGAAAACUCAUUCCUUCCACCAGGGACAAGCCUUUGUGCGUCGAGAUGAGGAGGGAGGCUGGAAGUUUACCUGGGUCCCUAAACAGUCUUAG